UAAUGCGAUCUACUCCAGAAUAGCGCGCGGCGAAGGAGUAGCCAUACGGAACCGUGUAGCCUCUCUGUGGAGCAUCUCGUCAAUGUGUGUUUGUUUAUGUGGGAUUUGUUCGGCCCGGAAUAAACCUGGCACGGUGGGAUUUACGGCAGGAUGUCGGCGCUAAAGGAGAACCAGUGUUACGGACUGUGCAGCGGUAACCUGAGCGGCGGUGGUAACAUCUCUGUUUUUCAUGUUAAACUCACUGACAGCGCGGCAAGAGCCAUUGGCUCCUUUCAAAACGGCAAGGGUUGGCCUUCCCAUCCCACCAUCUGUUUUAAUGGGAACCAAGGGAGAAUCACUGUCCCAUGCUCAGAGAAAAGAGAUGAGUUGAGGGUAUUCACCUUUGGCGUGACAAACGUCGCCCGUGACAAUCCGCAUGGAAGCUUUGACUGCGUCCAACAGCUCAGCACUCGUGCUGCAGAGGAGCUGUCAUGUCUCGGGGUGAUUCAGAAGAAGAUGACAGUCAACGCUACGGAUGACUCGUACGAUAAGGCUCGUCAGAGCAUGGCCCAAGCUGAGGAGGAGACACGCAGCCGAGGGGCCAUUGUCAUCAAACAUGGGGGGCGCUACCAGGGCAAGAAGGUAACAGUGCGAGCUCCGGCCCCCGCGCUGGCCAGCCUGACCAAGCCCCGACAAUCGUCCUACUCUCUCCUCGGCAACGUCAAGCGGGCAGUUGGCGAGUCCAAGGAGAAGAAGGGAGCCUGUGCUCCAAACAGGAAGGGCGUGAGUGACGUGCAGGAGAGGCCGCUCAGGGAGAGAGUGACACACCUGCUGGCUCUGAGGCCAUACAAGAGGCCAGAGCUGAUCUUGAGGCUGCAGAAAGAUGGGCUGAAAGCAGGAGACAAAGACAUGCUGGACUCUGUACUGAUGGAGGUUGGCCAGCUCAAUAGUAGAGACAACACAUUUGUUCUAAAGGACGGUCUGUAUAAGGAGCUGCAGAAAGACUGGCCAGGCUACACCUCAGGAGACCAGCAGCUUCUUAAGCGAAUCCUCGUCAGGAGACUGUUCCAGCCACAACAGAACCUCCUCACCAUCCCCGAGGCCCAGGUCAGUCCACUGCGAGAGACCCCCAACUCCUCCCCAGCACACCGUCCAAAACCUUCCCUGCCAGAGGAAUAUACUGACCCUCUGGCGAGUAAGAAGCCCAGGAUAUCCCACUUGUCAAGUAAAACAGCCAGUGACAAGUCAAGACUGAGGCCGUCCGAACAUGCGGCUUAUAGAGACACCACAGAAGCGACUGAUGGGCAAAGGGACUCGGUCGAUCCUCGAAGGCUUUUUGACUCCCUGUCAGCAGUCUGUCAGCGGGAAGCAGAAGCGGCCAAGAGGAUGGAACCAAGUCCCUGUGCUCAAGAGGAGCCAGAAGGCCCAGCAGACCACCAUCAAUCUAUCUCGGAUCGCCCUCCCUACCCGCUGACAGCGUCUGACCUGAGCAGACACACAAUUAAAAGGAAAAAGAACAAACACAGAGAUCAGGAGAAGGAUGGGUGGAGAGACAGGAAAGAAAGGAGAAAAGAUUGCAGUUCAGAAGAUCCAAACAAUAAAGUCUCCCUGGACUGCACAGAGCCAAGUGAAAUUUUGUUUGACUCUAAUGUGCUUCAAACGGACAAUGACACAGCAGACUAUCUAUCGACGUAUACAGGGAUCCACAGUCAUGACCAGAGACAGAGCUACAAGCUGGACUUUAACAGGGAGUACAGCGAGUACAGAGAUUUACAUGCUCGUAUUGACAGCGUGACCAGGCAGUUCAUGGAGCUGGACACACAGCUGAAACGGUUACACCAUGAAUCACAUAAAUACAAGACGGUUCAUAAUAAAAUUCUUCAAGAGUAUCGCAAAAUUAAAAAGUCCAAUCCAAACUACAACCAGGACAAGAUCCGCUGUGAAUAUCUACACAACAAACUCGCCCACAUCAAGAGGCUCAUAUCACAGUACGACCAACAACAACUCAGUGUGGAUCAUUCGCGUCUCAAAUGAAGAGCCUGACUGGGAAACCAGUGAACAGAUACAAUAAUUACCCCGGGGCAGGUUCACGCUGCUGAGGUAGAAUCUAUGGUCUUCCUAGCCAAACAGGCGUAGUCUAACGAAACCAGCUGGAAAUGUCAUUGAGGAGUAAUUGUGAAGAGCAGCAGUGGCAUGCUGGGAAAAGCAGCCCUAUGAUAUGAGAUAUUUUCUUAGAAGAUGGGAAAUUUUCUUUGAAAAAAAAUGGUUUGACCAAUGUGCUCUCACUACAGUGAUGUGGAACUGCCAAGGACACAAGGAGUAACAACAGUUUUACAAAGGCUCCCAAAGCUAAAACUAAGCACUCACUCUUAAAAAAUGCAAACUGAUACAUGUGGUGAUGAGGUGCAAAGCCUAAAAACAUUUGUAAUUUCCCAUCUCAGUUAAACAUUUUGGGGUUUUUUGUUGUUUUUUUUAAAUUGGGGUAUUUGCGUAUGUGUUCUGUUAGCCAUGACAGUGUUAACGUUGAAGUCGGGAAGCAUGAGAUAACUGCACGCUGUACAUACCCCAGACAGGUGAGGAUUCUCAUGGCAGCUAGGAUGCAGAGGUGCACAUCCUGAGAAGACAUCUGUUCUUUGGGUUUGGUGUAUUGAGACUGUAUCAGUGUUGUCAGUUCAUGCUGCAUUUGCUUGGUUAUGACUCCUGAAAGUAUUGCCAGUGCCUGAAAUGGUUACCAAUUCUGGACUGGAUUCAUAGUAUUCCACUGGUUGUCCUUCAUGUUGUUUUCCUGGAUCACAGAAGACUGUUAACGUUGAACAAAAUGUUAUCUUGAAGUUGUAUUCAGGAAAUUUACAGAAUGAGCUGACCAGAAUACAGAAAGUUAGUGUUACUGUAGGCUGAGGAUUUGAGAAAUAAAAAGAUUGUGUUGCAUGCUGUAAACAGAAUGCAUGAGGAGUAAAUCUGAAGUUUUGUCAGUUUAAAAAUAAAUUUAUUUGUAUUCAUUUUGUAUAAUCUUUUCCUUUAUGUAUGCUUUUUCGAGUAUGAGGCCAGUCAGAAAUAUUGUGCCGUGCACUUACAUGUAUAUUCCAAAAAUAGAAAAUAUACCUCAAAAAUGGCUAUAAAUUAACUGAAACGCA